AAUCAGUCAAUGUUACCUGUCGCGUCCAGGUAAAUUAUUGAACUAUUUAUAGAAUACCAAAAUGGCGACGACGGAUUUUCAUUAACAAUACCAAAAGUAUAUAAGAGAAAAGUUUGAAAACUAAAGAUGAAGAUUUUAUUAUGCAUGGAAGAUGUAACAUAAAAAAAACAAGGAUGACAAGAAAAUCUUUGUGGAGCAUUGUUAUAUGUACUAUACUUUGUUGUAUAGGUACUGUAACUCCUUCGAUUAUAUACAACAUAGAAACCAUGUGUAAUUCUGCAGGGUCACAUGAUGUGGACUCUGAUCAAGUUGUGUACCUUAGGGGAGGUUACGCUAACUCCCCUAUAACUGUACGAGAAUGUAAUGUUGUAUUAAGAGCAACAACAGGGGACCACAUUCUGUCUUUUGAAGAGCCAAUAUUAAGUCUACAGUGUGGUGUUGCACUCGACAUUGUAUAUGGAUCUUAUAAGAAAGCAUAUGCCUGUGACACUCUGGCAUCUGGGAAAUUUUCGACACAAACAAGAGAUGCCACUGUGAAAUUGACAUUAGGUACUAACAUGGCUACCAGAUUUGGAAACUUUCAACUUCAGAUAUCAGCUGGAAUUAAACCAGUUGAUGCAUCACAAAACAGUGCUAGUGCAUGGUCUGUUGGUAUCAUUGUUGGAACUGUAGUGGGAAUUUGUGUUUUUCUCUUGCUAAUCUGCAUAAUUGGAGUUUGCAUGCAUAAAAGGAUGAGGCAGGCAAAAAUGAAUGAAGGGAUGUAUGUAACUCAAGACAAAGGUCCUCUUGAGCUUGAUUUACCACCCAAUAGAAACUUUGGAUACACAAAUAAUUACAAUGAAAACCGUGAGGCCUCUCCUUUAGCUAGAACAAAGUUACUUAAUGGUUACGAUGAAAAUAGAAAAGAGUCCCCAAAUUCAAAAAGACGUCCUGAUACUUUGAAUAUCAGAAGUACUUAUUCAAAACCUGUUCCGGCAAAGGAUCCUAGGGUUCAAACAACUAACAAAGAUUAUCAGGACGAUGGUAGUGACACAUAUUACAAUAUGGACGAGGACAAAAUUAUACAACCUAAUAGACCUAAAACACCAGUCACACCAAUUUUAAGUGCUCUGCAAUCUAAUCCCAAAUUUAGGAAAUCUUUUAAUGAGAAUGAACGUGAUGCUGAGGAUAGAGCAAAGAGAAUUUCUUAUUCUACAUCAAAUGACUCCAUUAAUCAGAGGCCUCCCUUACCAAAAGUGCCAGAUUCAAACACUCGCCAGGUUAAUCUGAAGAAAAAUCAAAGUAUGAGAAAGGCCACCAGACCUGAUUCAUAUGUAGAUUGGUCAUCCUCAACACAAGGUUCAGAAGAAAUGGACGAUGAAAGAGCACAAAAUAGAGAGGGGACUGAAAGACCUAAACACACAUUACGACCUAAUCGUAAGAAAAGUCCAGAACAAGAAAGAAAACAAACAAACAAAGUGAAAGAUCCGAGAGUAAAUGAUCUGAGGGAUGAUGAAGAUGAACGCAUUGGACUGUUUCAGAAACAAUCAAGUACUAGAUCUAGUGCUAGGAGUAGUAAACGAUCUCAGAGGUCACCUAGACUUGGUAAAGGUUCAAAAGGGUUUGGUCACAGAAGAACUGGAAGUCGAGGAGAUGAUGCUAUCAGCAUAGGGUCAAGGACAGAUUUAGAAUCUCUUCCUCCUCUGCAGAGAUCAUCCUCUAAGACUUCAUUAUAUGCCUCUAGAUCAUCACUAUAUAGCAGACGACGUAGAGCAGGUUCAUGUGCCGAUUCAAUGGUUUCAUAUGCUCAUGACGACAUAGACUUUUACAGGAGUUCAAGGCGAUCUCAUACUGACUUUGAUGAUGAGGAUGAUUUCGGUGGUUAUGAAAAACCAAUUUCACGAAAUGAUCGCUUACGAAUGUCUAAAUCAGACCAUGACUUGGGACGUGCAAUGAGAGAAAUUUCAACACAAACAUUACGUGAAACUGCCACACAAACAGGUCUUGAAGAAUCUGUUACUGUUCACACAAAGCGCGUUGUAAAAAGACGUCCAAGAUCUAGAAGUAUGUCAGCAAUGGGAACUCAAACACAAAAGAAAGAAAAAAAGAAGAGAACUAAAUCAAAACAAGAUUUGGCAGGAACAACUGAUGACGAACUACAUGAAACAGAAGUAAAGCCAGUUGUGAAACCAAAACCAAAGCCAAAACCUAGAAAAUCAUUAAGUACUGUAGAUCAUGCUGCACACUCGGAUAAUGAAGGUCUAAAAAAGAAAAAAAUGAAAAGGAGAUCAAAAUCGGAUGCAAAUAUUGCUAAAAGUUUUGAAGAUCUGACACAUGAAUCUAAUGACAAGGCUGUGCCUGGCCCACAAGUACCGCAGCAUAUGGCUAAUAGUCAUACUGUUCCUGCAAAUCUACAGGGUUAUGGACCACCGGGGACAAUGGUUGUCCCCCCUCCUUACACAACUCUUCCACAUGGAGCACAGCCUACACAGUUUGUGACAAGUCAGGGACAACCAGUCAUGGUUCAGCCUGUUGCAAUGCCAUACCAAGGGAAUCCACCAGGGCCAGUAGUACCACCACAGUAUCCAGUGGUCCCAAGGAAACCUCGGAAAUCAAACUGGGAGACUCUGAUGGAAAUGACAGACAACCAGAAGUCAGGUAUCCCGGCUGAUACUGAGUCUGUGGUUAGUUCAGUGUUUACAAGUAAUCCUCCACCAACAUAUCAACCAGGACAGCCAGCAUUUUAUCCUUAUCAACAGGGUUACAGCCAACCACAUAAUCAACCAGUUCAACAAUUUCAACCUCCACAGCCUCAACAAGUUCAACAACCACCACCACCAAUUCAGCCACCAGUACAGUACCCACCAUCCCAAGGCUGGACACUCCAACCAGGAGGUGGAUCUGAUGGUAGCAGUAGUGGGACAACAGGAAGUGGAAGUUCUACGUCAGGAAUGUAUGUUACACAGCCACAAGGUUUACCAUCUCAGGGAAAGUCAUCAUGGGACAAGUUGACGGACAUGACUAAUCAACAGUACAAGAUUGCUUAUACAUCAGAAAAAAAUGAUAGAAGUGAAAGUGUUGUAUAGUAUGUCUUUGUGUAACUUCAGUCUUUAUAGAUAGUGUUAUUUUAUUAACAAUUAUAUUUGCUGUUUUAUAUUGUUAAUGAUAUUGUUACAGUAUAAAUUGCACUGUAGUAUGAAUAUGAUAUUACAAGAACACAAUUGUUGUUGUUUCCAAGUAAACCUGAUAAAAAGGAUUUUUUUUGCUGUACAUUUUCAGUAGAUAUAAAUUAUUUGCUAGUUUUUAUGUUAGUAUAGAAGCAACGAAGGCAAUUUUGUCCUUUACACAAUUUUGGUUGUUCUCUUGGUAUAAAUGCUCAAUUUUUUUUUAUGUAUUUGGCAUUUUCAACUUUUGUUUCGGAGUAUAGUUGAUAAAACAACCAUGUGUCAAAGACACUUACAUAUAUCUUACAUUAUGGUACAUACUUGAAAAUAAGUUCAUUUAAUUAUAAAAAGUUAAGUUCUAUUCUAUGUUCAUUUAGUACAUUUUGAUGAACUGUUCAAAAGAUCGCUUCAUGGAUUUUGAAAAUUUAAGAAUAACGUAAUUGUGGUUGUCUUUAAAUAUGGUCUAUGUUAUUUUAAUUGGUUCACUGAACUGAAAAUUUUAAUUAUUAAUUUUUUGAUAUCAUACAAGGAAUAGGUAGAUACAUUCAAACUUAAUCUGCAGAGGAUAUAAAUCAUGUAAAUAGUAAAUUUCUUUCACUUUUUGAUGCACAAUCUAUAGAAUGAAUUUUAUGAAUAAAUUUCAACUGAAAACAAGCAUGGUCAAAUAGUUUUAGUGUACCUUAAGUUUCAUUUAGAUAUUAUUAUUAACCAUUUUGUAACUCAUCAUAAAAAUAAUAAUGUUCUUACUUAAUGUAUGAGUGGUUUGUUGAAUUUGAGGCAACAUAUGUUGUGGUCACAUUUGUAUGCAUAAUGUCACCUUUCAAAAGUAGGUUGUUUCAAAAUGUUAAAGUAGUUUGAUCUUUUGAAUGUAAUUCUUGAUUUAUCCACAAUAUACAUGCAUAAUAAGUGUAUGUUGUCACUAAAAUACACUUUCUGAGAUUUUCUGGCACGCACAAUAAGAUCAUAUCUUGUAUAAGCUUGUAUUAACUAAAUGUCUCAAUUUUUUUAUUAUAUCAUUUUGUGCUUGUUUUGUCAUUACACACUUUCAGAAAAUCCAUCCAUAUAUUGCAUAAAUUCUUUAUGUUUUUAUCAAACUUUUGUGAAAAGCAAGUAUCAGAUAUUUGUAUAUAAAAUGGUAUUGAUCAUGAAUUAUAACAUGUGUAAGUUCAUGUUUAAUCUCUAGUCAAUCUGUAGUAAAAUUUGUGCUUUCACAUUUUAUAUUGAGUAUUGAGACUCAAAAUUACAAACACUAUCAUUGAUAUCUGUAUAGAUUUAUUGGUCGUCAUUCUUGAAUUGGAUUUAAAAUGGUGAAAGUGCAUAGCAUCACAUUAUGGAAUUAUUUAAACUGUGCAAUUUCUUUGGAUUAUUCUGGGAAGUGUGGAAUGAAUUAAUAACAUCUUAUACAUUUUAAGUAGACAAUUUAAAUUUACAGGAAUUGAUUUAUAACAUGAUAUCUGAUGCAUAAUUUAUGAAUUGAAAUAAGAUUGCCAUUGGUCUUCUUUUAUAGAUUGAAAUAUUGGUAUAAUCAGAGACAUAUAAUAUGAUAUUAGUGUAUGUCUCUGGUAUAUUAAAACUUUUCUUUUCCUUUUUUUGUUCUUGAAUUGUACUAUAUAUGUGAAAAUAUAAAUUGAUAUUUUCUCCACCUGCCACUAAAUGGCUUAGACGAAUAGUUUACCAUUGAUGAGGUCAAUUAUAUGAUUCUGACAUACAUAUUUUAUUUGCAUGAAAUAAAAAAAACAAAAAUUUCAGUUAAAUUUUAUAUUGCAAAUGUAUUAAUGAAACUCAUGUAAAACAAGUUGUUUUAAACAGGAAGUGAUUUAGAAUUGUUACAAUAACCUUUAAAAUAAAGUAUUUUUAAAAUUUUACUUUGAAAUCUAAACAAUUAUUUUAUUGCGAGUACUGUUCUUUCUUCAGAAUUUUGAUAUAAUGAAGCUGAAAGUCUUCUGAAAAUUCCAUUUAAAUCUACAAAUAUCAAAAGAAAAUUAAAAGUUCCGUUUAAACAAUAGGAAAUAAAUCCUAAAGGUUUCUUUAUUUUGAUAUUUUAAUGAAUUUAAUGCUAAUUAAAUUGCUGAUGUAUAUAAUGCUAUACAUGCUUCACAUGUAUUAUUUAUUUCAAGAUUGAAAAAAAUUAAUAAGUAUUUUCUAUAUUUUGAACACAAAUAUUUCUGUAGGUUGAACCUGAAAAGUCAUGGUUGUCAGAAUCUUAUAGUCUAGCAUUUAAAGCAAAGCAUUUAUUAAAAGUCGUUUAGUCUUGCCAUCUUACUCUAGUUUCUUAUACAUGUAAACAACAAAAUAGUGCUGCAGGCAGCAUGCCAAUAUAAACAGAGUACUGAUCAAUAGUUAGUACAACCAAUACAUAUUAUAUUAUAAUGUGCCAUUUUUUUUAUAGGAUAGUAAACUGUUUACACAUUAAAUGUGAAAUUCCUGAAUAGAGUAGCCAUUUCUGUUGUUUUGAUUAUUUUAAUUGUAAAAUAGAUUCACUGUAUUGUGUACGAUUUAUUUUGAUUCUUUAACUUUUACUAUUAAUAACUAUCUGAAAAUCAUUAUGAAAUUAUAGAAACAAGAGAAGGUUUCUCUACUACAAUCUCAUUGAAGGGCCAUAUUCCUGAGAUGAGAUAAGAACGAGAAUCUUCCUUCAUACUAAAAACUAUAGAUAAUGUCUAUUAUUUUCCUAUGGAAAGUCAAUGACAUUGACUUAUAACGCUAUUUAAUUAAUUUAAACAUAUUUAUUUAUAGUGGAUUGGGAAACAAGUUUUGCAACUUAUAAACACUCUUCUCCACCAAGAAAAAUUGCCAUGCAGAUGAUCAAAGCAAAAUUUCUAAAAUAAUGAUGAGCAAAAUUUCAAAAAUAAGGAUAAGCAAAAUUAUAUAUUUUCAGAAUUAUUUGUCAAAUGAAUUAAAGAAAUUUAAGAUCAGUUCAAAUAUUUGAAUUAAAUGAGAUAAUGUCUUUACAUAUUGAGAAAAUAACUUAACAAAAACAAAGCAUAAAAACCUCUGUUUAACAUUUCUCGUAUUUAUACAGACUGCAGACUAAACGAUUCUUUAGUUUUUAACAAGAUUAAGAUGUACAUAGCUUCAAUUGUAUUCUCAUUACAAUAUGUAAUGUUCUGCAUACAGAUAUCUAAUUCUAUUUAUAUAAAUCUUCUUUUUGAAGGUAUGAUAAUUUUAUAUUGGGUAUUUUAAAUGACGUAUUCAAAAUCUGUAUAUAGAAUAUGUAAAUAGUUAUGUGAAGUCUGUCAAUUUUUAAAACAUAAACAUAUAUAUGUAUAUUUUACAUUCCAUUCUGUAUAUUGUAAGUUCAGUUUUUUACCUUAAGAUUCAACAUAUCCUUUAAAACAAACGAUGAUAUGCUAUAUUUUAGUAUCAUCUUUUUUUAUUUUUAUUUUUUAUUGUUAUGUUGAAAAUAUACUUCUUAGAAGAUGUGAAGAAUAGAUUUAUAAAUUUUACAAACAUGGUUGUGAAAAAUUCUUGGUUAUCUAUGCUAGAAAACCUUGAAGUUUGUCCUUUUGUAUUCCAUAAUUAUUUAUAGAUCGAACUUAGCAUGCAUCUUAUUUCAAUUGCUAAUUUUUUGGCAAAACUUGGAACAAACAUAUAUAGUUUUGUUUGGGAUAAUAGCUAGUUAAAUAAAAAUAAUGAAAAAAUGUUAGUGCUAACAAAAAUGCUAGAUAUGAUUUUCAAAAUUUCUUUAACUUUUGAGUUUUUUCUUAAACUGCAAGGCUAAAUCUUCCUAUUAUGUUUGGAGAAAUUGUGAUUAGGACACUGUACAAACAUUUUUUUUUUAUUUAUAGAGAUUCUGGUUCUCAUAAAUUACAUGGAAAAUUAUAUAUGACUGAAAUUCUUUUUUUUAUCAAAUUGGCAUGAAUGGUGCAUAGAAUGUCAUUUAUAAGCAUUGCAUUUUCAUUCUUGUUGGAUAUAAAAUGUAGCCACUAGCUAUAUUUUAAAAGGCACUUCCCAAUUCCAUUUCCAUUGGAGAAUUUUUCAAAUAAAUGGUGUCAAUAAAAAAGUAAAGCAGAUAGAAAAUAAGUUAGUUUAGCUGUUGAAUCUACUUCGAGUCAGACUUUGUCUAUUAUUUAGUUAAUUUGAAAUUAUUAAAGACUUCAACACAGAGAAAAGCAAACUUUAUAAAUGUAAAAGAGAAAAAAAUAUUUAGUGAUAAAUAACAGACAACUAUUUGAACACAUGUAUGUCAUUCUCAUAAAAGGUUUUAAAAAAUGGUUUCAAACCAAUGGGGAUAAUUUUUUUAUUCAAAAUGAAAUGUUAGGUAUAUGGCAAUGCCACUUCAACCAAAUGACACAAAAGAAAUGUAAACAAAAAUCUCAUAUUCCCCUAUUUACUUGCUAUCAGGUUAUUAUAAUAAUUUCAAGACUUAUUGAUGCCAUGUGAUACUUGUUUACAUUAUUUCUUCUGAUUUUGAAAUA